GGGGGUAGGAAAGACAAAAUGGUGGAAUGAGAUGGACAUCAUUACCCUAACUAUGUGUAUGAAGACACUAAUGGUAUGACUCUACUUUGUGUAAAACCAGAGAUGUGAAAAAGUGUGCUCUAUAUGUGUGAUAUGAAUUGUAAUACAUUCUGCUAUCCUAUAUAACAAAUUAGAAUAAAAAAUGUCUCCCUUGGGGUUGGGGUUAUGGAGUGGUAGAGCGCUUGCCUCUCAUGUGAGGCACUGGGUUCAAUUCUCAGCACCAUAUAUAAAUAAAUGAAGAAAAUAAAGAUCCAUCAACAACUAAGAAAGAGUAUUAAAAGAAAAAAGUCUGCCUCAUUCCCUUCCCCCAGCCACACAAUUCCCCUCUUAAAAGGGAAUGAAUGUUAAGAGUUUCUUGAAUCAUUUUUUUAUCAACUAAUAUCCCUCUAAAGGAUUGAUUCAAUUUUUAGAAUAGGCAUUUUUGCAAAUGAAUUCAUACUUGUUGCUUUUAUACUUUUAGAAAAGAUUUUAAUUCCACUCCUUGCUUAUUCCUCUCUUUUUUUUCCAUUUCCUAAUUUCAUGUAGUGUAGAGCUGAAUUCACAAUUACAGGCUUUUUUACCUUACUGACUGAAUGCAUAAUUUUCUAAGCUGCGAAAUGGUGAAAACACACUCCUUUCAGCUUAUGGUAAGGAUUUAAUUAGAUAAUAUUUAGUCCUUUUGAUUUGUUCCAAACCAGUAUUCAAUGCUUAGCUCUCUGUUUUUCUAAAUAUUAAAGAAUAAAAGUCAAAAACAAACCCAUGAUUCUAAAAGAAAUGGAAAUUUUGUAUAUGUGAACAUUUUCUUGAUAGAUGAACAGAACUCAAAAGAAACUGUUUUCUCUCUCUUUGAUCUGUAUCUUUGGAGGCAAUUGAAUGAGGUAGAAAACUAUAAUGGAUUGGCAUUUGGAAGCCUUGAGUUCUUAUUUUAGAUGUCAAUAUCACUGAACUGUGUCACUGUUAAGAAACUUUGCUUUCUUUGUAAUGUGAAUGGUGACUUAGAUGAUCAAUUUAUAAGUCUCCUUAUUGUUUUUAAAAUGUAUGAUUCUAGGUUGGUGCAUUGGCACACAUCUGUAAUCCCAGUGGCUCCAGAGGCCGAGGCAGAAGGAUUGUGAGUUCAAAGCCAGUCUCAGCAAAGACGAGAGACUCUUAUGCUGAUAGACCUAAAAUCAAUUAUGGUGAAGAUUUCUGGAGAAGCUAAGUUACGAUGUUCUGUGAAGAAGGGGGUGCCACUACAGUGUCCAGACCUUCUGUUUCCUAUGCUUCCCAGAAUGACAUCAUGUGACCACCAACCUCGAAGGCAUUCUCAUGAGGAUCAGGAAUUCCGAAACUGUGCUCACAUGCGAUAUUACAGGAAAUGCUCAGUGGAUGGGUCACUCAAGGAGUCACUGGAAUCAAAAGGAAGCUCUCAUUCCAAAAUUCAGGAGUUUUCAGAGUCCUUUGAACAGCAACUGCGCUUUAAAACCAAACACUCUGUCUCUCUGGGACCUGAGAGCAGAAAGGAAAGAAAUGAGAGAGAAUGUCUGAGGAUGGAGAUAAGAUCCCGCAAGAAGGUGGAAGAAGGAAGGAGCUCAGCCAAGGAAGAACCCCGAGAGGUAUCCAUGGCCUCUCUGGUUGAAAAAGGGCCGGAAUAGUUCUUUAUUUUUAUGUUGUGAUGACGGGCGCCACUGGUUGUUUUGGGCCCAGUUCACCAUUCCAGGAGGGCAGGAUGGCAGCUGCAAAAGGGCAUCCCAGAUGCUGAGUGACAGAGGUGGGCGGUUGGAAUGGGGCUCCUCAAGACGACUUGCGUCACCCUCCAACUGCUUCUGGCAUCUUGCUGGAGUGUAAUCUGCUUUCUUGCCUUUUCAUGGGAAUAAAAGAAUAAAAGGUAUUUUAAUAGAGUAAAGUAAUUUCGGAAAAUGCAAACGAAGAUUUUUAAAUAGCUACCCACACAUCUUUACCAACUCUUCUUCCAUGACAACCUCGCAAUUCAUCUUAAAUAAAAGUCAUUGGUGUGA